CCGCUGCACAAAGACCAGUGUGCAGUCGCGGACUCCUCCACGCUGUGAGUGCGCAGCGCCUGCACAGAUCGCUCCAAUUUGGAACUUAAGCUCACGUUGCAUGAACCUGCGUCGCUUCACUGCAGUUUUCUCGGCCGCGAACGACCCUCCGUAUUCCGCUGUGGCUGUUCUCCAGCACAUACUCCGACCCCGAAAACCGUCGGGACCAGUGAAGACAGAAGCUGCGGGAGUGGUCUGGAAACUUUUGCCAUCAUGAGCACGCCAGCGGUCAACCUUGAUACCUACAGCCUGUCGCUGCUCACGGCCAAAGAGGACAUCCUCAACCCCCGUUCCUCCACCAACUGGGCAAUUUUCGCAUAUGAUGGGGUCACCAACAAGCUCAAACUGGCUGACUCGGGAGCGGGAGGCGUGCCAGAGCUGGCAGCAAAGUUUCACAUCUGCAAGCCUCAGUACGGACUGUGCAAAGUGGCAAACAUGGAGACAGGAGGCCCCCGGAUUGCUCUGAUCAGCUGGGUCGGCCAAAAUGUGGAUGACUACCGAAGGACAGAAUGUGCCAGCCACAUUCCAGCCAUCAAAAACUUCUUCAAGGAAGCGCAUGUGUUCAUCAGUGCAGAGAAGGUGGAGGACGUGACAGAGGAGAAGAUAAGAGCAGAGCUCAGCAAGGCCCAGGCCCAUACUCCUGCACAGUGGGUGAGAAAGAGCUCCAGGUCCGCGGACAAGGAGGAAUUAGUGGGUACAAACUACAGAAAAACCAAUGCUGCAAUGGAGAUGAGACUCAUAAACAGAGAGUCCUUCUGGGCACGUGCAGAGCGUGAAGAGGAAGAGAGGAAAGACGAGGAAAGGAGACGAGCAUCAGAGGAGAGACGCCGCCUUGAAAAAGAAAGAAUUUUAAAGGAACGGAGGGAUGCAGAAGAGAGAGAUAGAAAGAUGGACGAGAAGCUGCAGAUGAUUGAGGAGCAGAGAAGAAAACAGGCAGAGGAAGAAGAAAAGCUGCGCAGAAAGGAGAAAUUUAGAUGGGAGCAGGAGCAGAGGGAGCAUGAGGAAGAUAUGAGGGCUCGUCUUAGAAGGAGUGAAUCCAUAGAGAAAGCAGCGGAGGCAGCAGCGUUAGUGUCCCAACGCUCCAUGAACCCGAGGGAGUUCUUCAGGCAGCUGUCAUCAUCAUCAUCACAAAGUCCCACCAGCCCUGGAUCCUCCCGCACUGGCAAACCGUUCAGACGAUACCAGCGUAGCCUGACAGACACAGCCUUCAUCUUCUCUAAGGCGGAGGAGAGCACGGCAUCUUCCCCUCGCAGCUCUCCUCUGGUCUCCCCCUUCUCCCGUGCUCCUCCCUCCCCCAUCUACCGUGCUGCGUCUCCCCCCACGAGCCCUGUUUUCCUCCCUGCCACCUCUCCACAAAGGCCCAGAGCCCCCAUGUCCCCGCCUGGGUCACCCUGUCGCCCCACCCCUCCGGUCUCGGCCCUGCCCAGCAUUCCACAAACUAACAACCAAGUUCAGGCUGCUGCUGAGCCCAAACCCCCUUCGCCCACAGAACCGUCUGCACCUCCGGCCUCCCCAAGUCUCCUGGCGUCCUUCUCUGCCAAAUUAGUAAAAAACAAUCCGCCUCAGUCACAUCCAGAGGCCCUUCCCGCCUCGCCCCCAAAUACCCCAAACCAGCCGGAGCACUCAACUUUCUGCUUCGAGCCUGUUCUACCUCCACAGGCUCCAACAGCUCCUCUUCCGGAGAGACCGCAGCCAAACACAGACCUCAACACAGCCACUCAUGUGCACGCUGAGCUGGUCUCAGACUUUGGCUACAAAGUACAGGCUGUAUUGGUGGAGGAAGAUGAGGGAGAGGAUGUGGAGGAGCACGAGAGCGGGACGGCCGAAACACAACCGCAGCCUUGUGCUGUCGCCGCAGAGCCAGUCCAGGCUGAGGCAGAGGAGCAGGAGCAAGAGGAGGAGGAGGAGAAGGAGGAGAAGGUGGAGCAGGAGAGGGACGAGGAAGAGGAGGAGGAGCAGGAGCAGGAGAGGGACAAAGAAGUGGAGCAGGAGAGGGACAAUGAAGAGGAGGAAGAGGAGGAGGAGGAGGGAUUGAAAGAGGGAGCUGUGACUGCAUUGCUGGAGGAGCCAGAGGAGGUGGUGCAGGAGGAGGAGGAGGCCAAGGAAGUUGGAGAGGAGAACGACCAAUCAGAAGAGAGUCAGGCCCCUGCUGAGCCUGCUGAGCCAGCAGUCACAGAUGCCAAACCAGCUUGUCAAGAAAUCAAGCACGAGGCUGUCGUCCCGUCAACCAACGGGAUCACAAACGGAGAGGACACACAGGAGCAGAACGGCAUAGAGCGAUCGCUGAGUCCAUCUGACACUGAACUCAGCUCGCCGGAGCUGGCUGUGUGCUACAGUCUUCACGGCACGGCGGAGGAGGAGGAUGUGAUUGAGGACAAGGAGCAGGAGAUCUCAGAAAAUGGACAAGAGGUUUUAGCUGAACGACAAAUGUGCGUCCGAGCUCUGUACGACUACCAAGCAGAGGACGAAUCGGAGAUCUCGUUUGAACCCGGUGACAUCAUCCGGGACGUGGAAACGGUGGACAAAGCCUGGUGGAGGGGGUGGAGCAAAGACGGCCGUCAAGGCUUGUUCCCCGCCAAUUAUGUGGAGACCAUAUAGGCAGACACACUAGCGCACACACACACACACACACACACACACACACACACACACACACACUCAGGGACACCAUCUCCCCUCACGUUUGUUCAUGCUUUUACCUUAAUCCUCCCACUGAAACUUUGUACUCUCUAUUUUGUAGAAAGCAUAAAGAAAAGUGCGACUCUCAGUUUUGAUGUAUUUUUUGGAGAAAUAACUAAAUAUUCUCACAAGUAUGCAGAAAUUACCCAGCCUCAUUUUCUUGGAUAAAAUAGCGGAGACCUUUUCCUGGACCAAAAUAACUUAUUUCCCUUUGAGAUACAGCAGGAAUGUUGGUGGGAGGGAUCAGAUCACUGUGACAAAUGAUCACAAACUUGCUUUUCUCGUGCGAAACACAAACAGGUUUUUCUAUAGUGUGUAGUCGUCUUUUUGAUCCGCACAUAUAACAAGCGUUCCAUUCUGCUCACCGUUUGCUUUGUGUGUUACAUAGCUAAAAAAAACAAUAAUAAUUUACAGCGCUUGACUGGUAUAUAUAAUCAAGAUACAUGUAUCAGACAUCAUCUUAUAAUCACCUCCCUGUAUUUCCUGAGUUAUUUUGUAGCACUGUGUUUGUUACUGACAGGCUCACAGCACGUUUUAAUCACCCAAACCAGAAAAGCAACAUAAAAAACGAUAAAUAAACAAGCAGAGGAAAAAGCACUGUAUCGUCACCAGUAUUUCUCUCUCACUCUUUACGAUGGGCUGUGUUUCGUUUGUGAUUUCUUCCAUACUUUUGUGCUUCUCAUCUUGAUUUUUACUAGAUUUUAAGAAAUUAAAGCAUAAUGUUGACACGCAGAUGACAUAAAAAAACAAAUCUCCCGGUUUUAAUCCUCUGUAAUAUCUUAAUACUCCACAGUGUAUAUAAGAAUGUAUAAAAAAGUCAAAGAUCUUCUCUUUUUCUAUACUGGGCUUGUAUGUUUUUAUGUUGUAUGCUUGUGUGAUGGUAUGUAUGUUCUUUGCAUUUACUCCAAACUUACAAAUAUACAGCACCUACAAACUCAA